UUGAGAAGUAAAUUGACUAAAGAAUCCUCCGAGGAAGCUAAAAUUAAGAAAUAUGUUCCCAAGUAUUUGAAGCUGAUAAAGCCUCUACAUGUUUAGGUAUCAAAAUGACAAAUCGAAGUUAUCUAAUUCCAUAGUGCAGUAAGGCUGAAUCUGUUUAUCAAUGAAGGUGGGAAUCCGGUGAGUGUCUCAGUGGCACAAAUGCAUGUACUGAGUAGAAAUCAGGCAGUGCCGAUGAGGAAGUCCCGGAGAUAACCGACAACAAACAUUUCAACCGAAACGACAGAAGUCUCACCUGAGAUGAAGUCUUCUGAUGCUGGAAAAAGGAAUUUGUCGUUCUAGGUAGGAUUUUUGCAUUGGAUUGGUCAACCUAGGCGAUGGCGUAAGCUUGCAUCCAAUGCAGACCAACCGUGGGACCUGCACACAGCCAACUACACUGAUCGGAGCGUGUAGACAAGCCCAUCUACCAGCCCGUCAUCAAGAUAAAUAAAGACAUCGUAUGGUUGGCACGAGGGAAAUUGCUUUAGCCAGCACAUAGAAAAUCUAACGUCAAACAGAAUCCAAACCUCCAACCGGGUGCCGUCAGCUCCACCUCCGCCUCCACCAUCACCAUCAAUUGGUGCCUUCGAACCCGUAGUCAUGCCCAGAAAAAGUGCAGAAGAAACAGUGAGAGUAGAAGAAGAAUAUGAUGAAGAAUCAAAGGAUUUGGAGAAAGGUGGGACGAAUAUUCAAGAAGCAGUUCAAAUUCAUCACCGAAGAGAAUUUCAUAUGUCAAGAAUGCAAAAAUUGAGUGCUACAAAUCCUUUAAGACUUGUCGUAGAAAAUGGAACAAGAGUUGCCUCUCCCUCUCCUUUGCAGCACCCUCCUCCUCGCCCUUUUGCCUCUCCUCCUCGCCCUUUGCAGUACCCUCCUCCUCGCCCUUUGCAGCACUCUCCUCCUCCCCCUUUUGCCUCUCCUUCUCCUUUGCAGCACCCUCCUCCUCGCCCUUUUGCCUCUCCUUCUCCUUUGCAGCACCCUCCUCCUAGCACUUCUCCUUCUGUUUCUCCUCCUUUGCAGCAGCCUGUGCCUCGCUCUACACCUACCCCUCGUCAAUCAGUGGUAACACUGAAUUCAAGAUCAUACACAAACAAGAUUUCGCUGUUUUUGUUCCUUGUGCAUAUCAUUGUUGCAAUUGGUCUGGUGGGAUUUCUUAUAUUUAAAGGAGUGCAAGGCCUAAUAGAAGAAGGGAGGGUUCAAAGACAAGAGAAAGAACUGUUGAGGUAUUUUCUACCACAGGUCGAGACUGCAUCUUUUCUUAGCAUUACAUUAGCAUUUCUUUGGCAAAAGGCAGUGAGAGUAUGGCCUAAAUUAACGGUUCAUUUCAUAAUUUGGAGUUCUUUUGGCCUUACUUUAUCGGCCGGAAUCCUUCUAAUUUGCUUCCAAAGGCCUGCUACAGAUGGUGUUGGAGUUCUUUUUAUCGCUUUCGCCAUUGGUAAUGGACUGUAUGCUUGUUGGGUUACUCAAAGAACUAGUUUUUGCUCCAAGAUUUUCAUUAAAGCUCUUGAACCAAUGUCGAAAUUUCCCGACUUAAAUCACCCCACUUAUUUGAUGCUUGGUGCUGGAUUUUUGUGGAUGUCAUUUUGGAUUUUAGCUGUUAUGGGGGCGUUGAAUUUCUAUGUUCCUCCACUGAUUAUAUUUGCAUUGUUAUUGAGCUUGGCUUGGACUGCUGAAGUUAUGAGGAAUGUGGCAAAUUUAACAGUGAGUAGGGUGAUUGCUCUGUAUUACCUAAGAGGAAUGCAAUCUAUUACUAAAUUUUGCUUCCAACGAGCGUUAUCUAACAACCUUGGGAGUGCUUGUCUCGGCUCCCUUUUCGUGCCUGCGAUUGAAGCCCUGAGAAUUGUGGCACGUGGCCUCAAUUUGAUUGAGGGAGAAGAUGAAUUUAUGUUUUCUUGUGCACAUUGCUGCCUCAAUGUAAUGGAAUCCAUCUUCAAACGAGGCAAUGGUUGGGCCUAUGUUCAGAUUGCUGCAUAUGGAAAAGGUUUUGUGCAGGCAUCACAAGAUACAUGGGAGCUUUUUCUGAAGAGAGAAAUGGAACAAAUUGUUGAUUCUGAUAUUACAAGUGCCAUUUGCUUUCUCACUGGAGUUUGCAGCGGCUCGAUAUGUGUAAUUGUGGUUGCUGCUUGGUCAGCCACCGUGCACCACCGCUACACAGCCACCCUCUCCGUCCUGGCCGCCUUCAUCGGGUACCUAAUGACUAGGAUUGCCAUGGCAGUGCCUCAAGCAUGUGUGAGUUGUUACUAUGUUUGCUACGCUGAGAAUCCUGAUAGCAGGCUAUUCGAUAAAAUGAUACCCGACCGUAUCCAAUUGCUAAAAUCUGGUCGUGAUGUUGUACCGACACCUCGGGUGCCUCCACGUUUUACAAGAUAAGUAGAUUCGAACAAACAAUCUCCGUUUCUCAAUGGACGCAUAUUCCAAGCCUUUAUGUUAACAUGGGCUAAGGUGCAAAUCAAUUUUAUGCUGAAAAUGAAGGACUUAAGUUUGUGUUGAUCAAAGUGACAUACACGAGCCGUUGAGCCAUGAUGCAAACCUCCACGGUAUAUUGAACUGGAAAAGACUGAACAAGAUUAAAGAGAGAAGCUUUGUCAAUUCUCCGGUGAAGUACCGAAUUUAUAUAGUGGGUGGGGAUGAGGAGUACCUGAUGGGAACUAAACAAAGGCUACAUUGAGAGAAAGUGUCCUUUUAUGGUAUUAUGCUUUUGGGAUAUACGAUGCUGUCUGUCCCACCACUAUUUAAUUGUCAUGAUACUUUGGUCACAUUCAUUUAUGUAAUCUUGUGAGAAUCAACUUGAGGAUUUUUAUCCUCGUGUUACUGGAAUUUUCAUGUAAAAUAAGAGUUGCUAGUUUCUAGGUGCUUCUUGAUA